GUCCCUUCCAAAGUUCCAUCCUGCCUCUAUUGGUCAGCUUUGUCAUUCUGCUUGCCCCUUCGCUUCGGUGAUCUUGGUGACACGCUCUUCUUCAAAGCAACCCUCAACCCCUCUGCUGUUGCAAAGUCAAAGGAAGCUGUUUCUUUUCAAUUUUCCUACAGACUCAAGGGUUCCUGAGUCUCACUUGGUUUUUCGACCCUGUACAUACUUUGCUUAAUGUGUGUGAUGUCACCCAUUUACUCUGAGAGAUCUAUAGAAGAGGGGAUGAGCCAGGCGAAAGCUGUGUUACAGAACCCUGCUCUGAGAUUUCAUAGAUCGGCAUUAUUGCACUUCGAAAGAACGAAUGGAUCGGAUUCUUCCGGCAUCUAUCCUCCAAACCGAAGAAUUCUUGUGAGAGCAUGGAAGCGGAAAAGACCUGGGUUCAGAAGCACUCUCAAGAAGAAAUCCUCGCACCUUCAAAACGUUCUUGCUAUCACAACCUCCAAGAACAAAGAAGAUUUGCUGGCUUCGUUCAAGAAGUUUCUACAGAAAAGGAAGACCAGGCGCUCAAAAUCGCAUAGAACGAAGAAGCCUUGUCACAAGUCAGGAAAUCAAGAUGAGUAUUUUGGGGAUAACGAGUUGAACGGAUAUCUCAGCGAGACUGAAUCCGUUUCCAUGUAGAGUCUUUGAUGUCAAUUAUGUAUGAUUGCUGUACAGACAGUAUUUGCCAGUUGCGUGAAUUUUCCAAUAAACCGAAGUGUUCGACAAAAC